AUGGCACUACUGGCUUGUUAUCUUCCGUACGGUUUAGUCACAGCUUUCAUUACGAUCACUGGAUUGAACACCCAGUCGAUUACCUUCGUGUGGUGUUUGACGGCAUCUUUGGUGUUAUCAAACUCGACUAUGAAUCCAUUUUUGUACUAUUGGAAGAUGAGAGAGAUGAGACAAGCAGUAAAGGACACGAUCAGAAAGUUUUGUUGCUUAUUAUGUCUCACGAAGCGAACCUGGAGUAUCACUUCUCGACGAGAUGUUAAACAUACCGGCUCUUUUGUUGGUUUCUCGGACAAUCAAGUUGUACUCGUGCGCACGUCUCAUUUCCGUCGAUUGUCGAGCCUUAUAAAAAGUGGAACUCAUCAUGAGUAGGGUUGUGGACUCCGGAAAACACAGUUUAUUGACUGCUGUCUUGUUACCUAUCACUUGCCUGUGUUUUUUGGAUUGUGAAAAACACAUACACUGUAAAUACACAUGCUAUACUACGGCUUCUGAAAGAAUCAAGAAACAAGGUUCCAUUCUGAACUUAUUACUUAUUCCGUGUUCGCGGCGGUGGGUGAUAACUGAAAAACCGAAAAUCUUAAGUUUUAGUCCUUUUCAGAAAUGUGAAAAGGCUGUGAUUAGUGCCUUGAUUGCAAAACGAAGACAGUUGUCAUGCUAUUGAAAUAAUGAAAAAAAAAAAAAAAGAAAAAAAGGAAAAGAAAAAGAAAAACCCGUGGCACCAGAGAAAGGACCGAUAAUUCGUUACCUGUUUUCUAAGGGCAAAUGGUACCCGUACUACUUGUGGUUAGAUUAUUGCUAAAGGUGCAAAACGCUUUUGAAACAUUCUUAAAUAAUUGAUCAAAAAACCUCAAUAUGGCAAUAAACAAAUGAGACUUAACUGUAGGUAACAUUCAAAUUACCCAUGAUUCCAAUUUCAAGUUUUCACAAAGAAUUGAAUCGUCCAAUCGAGGGCAUCUAACCCUAAUCAGUCACAUACGGAAUAGGCAGAGGCGAGAACGGUUUUAAUUUUACAGAGCAUUCUUGUAAAACUGAAGCGGCUACAGCACCAGCAUAGAGUUUAAGUCAUUCUUAGGUCAGGUACGUAGUUCCUUUGUCAAUACGAUAGCUUGAUUACAUAAAUUACUCAAGAGAACUUUUCAUCAAUUUAAACUGGAGACUAGAAAGGUUUUUUUUGUUUGUUUGUUUGUGUGUGGCACUACUCACGAAAAUAAUUAUUGACGAUGGCACACCUGGCGAUGUUUUAAGAAUUUCAAAACAACAACUUACAUUUGGUGAGGGGUGCUGAGUAACAUUCAAAUAACCUUUGAUCAAAUUAGCAAUCAAAAGCAAAUUUUCAAUCAAAAGAAUCCACUUUCCACAUAUACAUAAUAGCCAGCUGCGAGAACGGACUGUUUCAUCUCCUUGUUUGUAUGAGCACUCUAAUAACCAACAAACAGUAGAGAAAAAGAUCAAAGAAAAGCAAACUGCUUAAUCUUCCUGUUUAUCUGUGUUACAAGACCGGCAUAGAGUUCGAAAUACUCCAAUAUCAGGUACGUCGUUCCUUAUUCAGCCAAAAGCGAUCAUUGAUUAGCUAGAUUACCGAGCUUCUCAUUCAAAUUAAGUAUAAAACUAUGAAGGUUUUUCAUUCCUUUUUCUUUUUCCUUUGGUAGUGUUCUGAUAAAUUCGCGAAGGGAACAUUUUGACGAAGAAUCACCUGGCGAUGUUUUCACUCGUGUGUGCAUGAAUUUGUUCAGAUUUGAAAUCACGUUGUCAAAUCUUUAACGAGAGGAUCUUAUAUGUUUUCGAUCUAGAAACUUUCUUCGUGUCCUAAAAUAUCAUUCUUCUCACAAAUAUGGAAAUUUGAAAAUGAAAGUCCUGUACCUCAAAAACAAUUUAGAAUAAACACGCCAGUCACUUUCGAGUAGGUUACCUUUUAUAUCGGUUUAGAAAAGUAUCGGAAAACACUUUUUCUUCCUUUUUGCCACGUAAAAGCUGAUUGAUUCUUCUCGAACUCGCUGCUUUCUCAUUGUAGGCUUUCUCUUGGGGGAGAAAUUGCAGCUUAUUUAAAAACACAUUAAAAUUAUGUAUAUAGAUAUAUAUAUAUAUAUAUAUAUAUAUAAACAUUUUGAGACUAGAAAAAGGACCAAAAGGACUCUGUGGGUUGCAUUUAAAAGCAAGAAAGUUCAACUGACAUGAGAAUCCAUUGCUUGAAAAGGUUUUUCUUUCGAUAAGGGUUUACCAAUCCACAACGCACACUUGAAAUUUAAGAGCGCCAAUGAUCUUAUUAGAUCACUGGAUGACCAAAAAAGAAAAUAAAAAUAAAUGCAGAAUCUGCGCUUUGGUUAAUUACUAUUUUUUACUCCAUUUGAACCAAUAUUCUUUUUAAAAAAACAUUACUUUUUAAUCAUUAGGGGGGAAAUUUGAACCAAAGAAGCGAUAUAUCAGUUAAAUGCUAAGACCUAAACCCGACUCAUGUGAAGACAACGUGGACAACGAGCUGAAGCGACACGCUUGCAAUUGACUGAAACAAUGGCGAGUUCAACGAAAGAUGGAAACCAUACAAUCACAAACCAAGAAUAUUUCUGCGUUACAGGUCUUAAGGAGUCUCAUGCGAUAAUACUCUCAAUUUUGAACAUUCCUCUUUUCAUCAGUGCUGUUUUAGGAAAUAUUCUGAUCAUCGUUGCUCUUCGAAAGGUUUCUUCCCUUCAUCCGCCAUCGAAACUUCUGCUCAGUUGCCUUCGGAUUUGGUACGUACGGAUUUGGUAAUGAACCUCAUCUGAGGUCAUCUCGAUCAUGUGUUUCAGACAAAAUUAGACACAAGGUUACAAUAUAUCAUACUGAGUAGAUCUACAGGGUUGUCAUUAAAAGAUGGUAGGUGGUGGAAACCCACAGGCUGUCAAAUCAUUUUGUGCCAGCUACAUGAAUUGGGAAUGGAGACAGAAAUGUUUGUUUUUAAAAUGAUUCUACCAUCAAUGCAUGGCUACAAAGAGUUGCUCAAUUAUGUCCCAGACAGCUGUCACAACUCACAAAGUUUGGAAUUUUUUCAGGAGCAUGCCCCCCCCUCUUGGUUGGUUAGUGUGUUUUCUAACUAAUUGUACUGCACUGUUUCGUAGUGUCAAAGGCACCAUUUAUUCGCAAAACACACAUAAUCUACCACAAAAUACCUGUGGGUGAGGUAAUUCGACAUUUUCGUUCUUUCCCACAUUAAUAUUCUUCUCUUCUUUUGUAAGAAUGUAGACAUCACUCACAAUGUUUCAAGUAAUCCACCCACCCUACAAAAAAGUAACUCUUGCAUGCAUAGCGUGCCUAUGUUUUGAAAUAGUCCUAUUUGGGCUGUUGUCAUCUAAAGGCAGAACCUUUCCCUUUUUUUUCCGUGGGUUAUUGCAAACGAAAAACACGGCAAACAUAAUCAUCAGAGGAGAGACCGUCAACGUUUCCUUCAACUAGCUCUGUCUCAGGAAACAUUGCAUGAGACGAGGAAAAGUCAAAUUGUUACUCGGGUAGCAGACAUUGACAGUAUUUACGUUUUUAUCUAAUUUUUACUAAAUAAUUUGCAGCGCUUGGGAAUUCAAUAUCUCAUUUGAAAGAGCACAAAAUACUCUCGAUAUGAAUGGUUUACCGAAAGUUAAAAAAAAUUUUCUUUUAACAAAAUAUUACAUUGGCAAUUGAAAGAAGAUACUCUAUUCGGUUGGGUUUUAAUACCCACAAAAUCACUCACAAAUCAGCUUAACAUGAGAUUUGACCAAAGUUAUUGAGAUCUAAGCUUCUUCUAAGAGAAAAACUGUCACGAUCCCUGAUAUAAGCCAUUUUAUGAAGCAAAACACAGCAAUGUAAAUAUUAUUUACAUUCGUCCAUUAUCAAGAGAACGUGCUAAUAUUCCAAGAAAGGUUCCGCUUACCUCAAUCAUUCCGCCUAUAAUUUCGCGUUAGGAACCUAAAUUACUCUCUAAAUAGCUUGGGGAAACCUUGAAAACCAUGUUUACAAGCUCACAAAUUGCUUGGGUACAUUCACUUCCAGGAAAGACCGCGAAAAGCCCUCAACAUCAAUUUGGUCCGCACACAUUUGCUCACAACUGUCCUGACUCAGAUUGGCGUAAUGAUUGGUCAACUUCACUUCCUGUCGACCAAAUUUGGUGCAGACCGGGUGUAACGCAAUCUCCCGCGCAAGAGAGGGAGAGAUAGAGCGCUUUCAAAGUAAUACAGCUUCCUCGAGGCCAAUAUUGUUAACUUAUCUGAUCUGGUUAUGUAAAACUCAACACAAGCGAUAGUAAUCGUAAUAACCCUUCAACCCUAUAGGAUAUCUAGCAUCUAUUUCUCUCUGAGGUAUCACCGCUAAAUCUAACCAUAAGGCUCAUGAGAAUUUAACAAAAGAUCGCAAACUUAAAAAGCUAUUGAUCUUAUCGACAUUUCCCUCGUCACUGCUGUGCAUAGGAAAUGUAUAGAGACCAGCAUGGAGAAUAUAAAUGCCGAUUUUAGAGUGUUAUGGGUCAACCGGUCAAGGAAACCUUAGAUGCAUUAUAGCACGAAACCUGUAUUAAGUGCCGCUCCCGCCUGGAGCGGUCCUCUCGACAUCCCUUCGAAAAAAGAUGGUUCAAAUUUCCUCUUAUUCACGUGCACAUGUACGCAUAGUUUACAAAAAAUCAAGCUGGGAAUUGCCUUGAGACCUGAAUUGGUAAACGAAAUAUACAAGCUAAAGGGGUCAAUUGUUUUGGAUGUGCAAGCUUUGACUUUCGUUUUUUCACAUUGGAUGACGAAAAAGUCAAGUCACUGCACUUCUUUUCAGCAUUUCUGUCGCAGCGUUUUGUAGCAUUUUAUAUCCAACGUAUUGCUUUAGGCAUAAUCUCUGUUGCACUUUUAUCGUACAUAGUAACCACAACUUUCUGCCUCACCAAAAUAUACCUCACUCUUCGCCCUUCUCAGCAGGCACAAGAGCAAGACCAAGAUCACCAAGGACAACGGAAUGGAGAAGGCAAUCAACUGAACAAAGCAAGGUACAGUGAAAUACUGUUUACAGCACUGCGGGUACAAAUGACACUAUUGGCCUGUUAUCUCCCACUCAGUUUAGUCUUAGGUCUCAUAACCACGGGAUUACAAACGCCAACAAUUUUCUUCCUCUGGCUCUGACAGCUUUAAUUCGACUCUUAACCCAUUCUGGCCUGUACAGUUUGAAGAUGAGAGAUAUAAAACAAGCAGUGAAGGGCUCUUUCAGGAAAUAUGCUUACUGUCAAAUUAAGCGUUUAAAAUAAGAUUCAUAACGGGAAUGAUCUUUACACUUGAAGUGCAUGCAUUUGACUAGAUUGCAGACAUAGAAGCCAAAAGAAAUCGGACUUAGACAGAUUUUAAACCCUCGCCGCCUGAUAUCAGGUAGAAGUUGGACGCCAUCAGCAAACGUUUGUAUUACAAGUGAGUAGACUGUCGAUGUUCUGAUCAAAAGACGGUAACGCGCUUUGAUAGCGACAAUCGACAGAACAGGCGGCGAAAAGUUGGUAUUUUAUUUCGAGACCUAUUGGAAAAGAGAAUUAACUGGAAUAUGUUUCAUAAAGAACAUGGUACAUGUAUACGUCGAUAUCAAUCAUAAUUUAGCAUUUGAGAGGGGAAAAAGAAUGAAGAUCUUGCUCUAAGGUCAAGGCACCGGCGUCAGAAAUUGAGAUACACAUUAGAUUUUUGCACGUGGCACACAAAAUGAUCACUGUAGUGUCCUGAGGGUAACCGGUCAAGUCGCCCGAAAGUCAUCUCGCCCGAAGUCAUGUCGCCUGAAACCAGAGUCAUGUCGCCCGAAAUUCAUAGUCAUGUCGCCCGAAAUCCUAAGUCAUGUCGCCCGAAAUCCUAAGUCAUAUCGUCCGAAAUUUUAACGAGUGUUUAAUCUUGAAGAAAAGGAACAAUCGCAAGGAAUAAACUCGUAAAAUGUUGACUUGUAAAAUGUUUUCGUCCGCUAACCUAUGCGAAUAUCAAGUUAAACAAAGACUCAAAUAUCGCUGUUCAUUUCAGCGUUGUUCGUUGCUAUGAACUAAACUACUCAUUCUACAGUACAGAUUCUAGUAAUUAUAAGCGGAACACUUUCAGUUAUCGGAAUUUUCACACAUAUCAGAAAAAUACAUCAAGUUCUCUUAGUUUGAUUUAUCGUAUAAAAAACAACCUGAAACUUUUACAACAGUUUUUUUUGUUUAUUGUUAACCACGCGAACAAAGCGUGUUAGCAUCAUUCCCCUUAUCAGACGCGGCAUAAAUUAUCACGACUUGUUCAGUUGUUCCUUGUUUCCUCGGCCGGUCGCAUGCAAAUUUUGUUCCGGUUAACCAUAUAUAAAGAGGGUAAAUUAAUAACAGCCACCUCAUUCCGAGAUAAUCAGCUAGCUGAAACACGAGAUCGUUACGCGUACGCAAAAGAAUUAUACAAUGAGCUUUCAUCCCUGUAUCGAGUGCGGAAAUGAAUUUCGAUCACGCCACUCAGUGCGACGAUUGCGGCUUUUGGCAGCAUCAUAUCUGCGGGACUGGUAUCGAUCAAGCCACCUACCGUUUGGCAAUAAUCAGAGGAAGAAUAGAUUGGUUGUGCGUUGCAUGUUCUCUUGCGGCUUGAUUUUAAGAUUAUUAUCUCCGUGAUAUCAAACGACAGCGAAACGAACAACCUGAGUUUCACGAGUCAAAAUUUUACGAGUUUAUUCCUUGAGAUUUACUUAAGAUGUUACUUUUCUUCAAGUUUAAACACUCGAUUUCGGGCGACAUGACUUAGGAUCUCGGGCGACAUGACCAUGAAUUUCGGGCGACAUGACUCUGGUUUCGGGUAACAUGACUUCGGGCGAGAUGACUUUCGGGCGACUUGACCGUAAAUCGUCCUGAGUACUAGAUAGUUACAAAAAGGUAGCAUUUAUUUAGUGGUAUUACUGUAUGACUACUGGAUGAUAUGAAAGUACUGUAAGAUUAUCGUGCUUGGUUGAUGGACAGAGGAUUGUUGAUUGAAGACAGAAUAUAGAAGGCAAAGGAAGAGUGAGUUUUCCCUGAAUGACCCACUUAAUGAAUACACAACAAUUACUUUGUGGGAAACAAGCUCUCACGAUGACUACUGGCGAGCAUUGCGCGAAAUAAGUUGAACCAAACAACCACUGUGUUGAUGAAGACAAAAUUGAAUUUCAGUGAAAUAAUGAAAACAACACACAAUUUCGUUAAAAUAAUACAUUUCGAAACUGUUCCAUUGAGGAAAACCAGCUUUGAUGGUUUGUCAUUUUCACUGAACACGUGUUUGAAACUCGUGAGAACUGUUUAGGCCCCUUGUUAUUAGUACAAGCUUCUUUAAAGGAACCUUACUUUGCAGGGGGUGGGGUCUUCCUAGUAGCAUUUACAGGAAGAGUAUUGUUUGUGUUCUUUCAUCUUUUUAUCUUAGAUGUCUUUUUAAAGGUGGCCUUUCUUUUUGAUAAAAUCAAAUGAAAUUAAAUUAUAGCUUAACCUCGCUUGGGUCGUCUGCUCCUUGUGGGGCCGCCUUACUUUGGGGCCUCAACCUUACUUUGCAGGGGGUGGGGUCGCCUUAGUAGCAUUUAUAGGAGUAUUGUUUGUGUUCUUUCAUCUUUUUAUCUUAGGUUUCUUUGGAAAGGUGACCUUUCUUUUUGAUCAAAUCAAAUGAAAUUAAAUUAUAGCUUAACCUCGCUUGGGUCGUCUGCUCCUUGUUCUCCUAUGUGUUUCAUUCGGUUCCGGUGUUCAUGUCAAUCUAGGUAAUUCUAGGUAGUAUUUACUGACUAUAAAGCGACAAAUAUCGUUACAACUCUUUUAUCACAGAACAAGAGUCUUGCAUAUGGGCUAAAAACAAAAGAAACAAUUGUUAGAAACAGCAUUAAUUCAUUCAACGCGGCAAAGAAAAGGUUUUUUUAAUUAAAAUUCCCGCCGAGCUUAAGUUUAAUAUCGAUUUUCGCUAUGAAACCUUUUUAAUUAUUAAUUUAAAACUAAAUAGGUUUGUCUUACCGCCACAGAGGUCUGUAUAGAAUAUUAUAGACCACCCAAGAAGACCAUGAAAAGGCUUUAUAUGGAGAAGAUAUCUUUUAAUUUCUUCUAUCGAAGGUUAGCCUGCAACGGCCGAAUAAUGGUCUUACUCCAAAGUUAUUUGUUUUUUUUUUAAGGUUUCGCAUGCCCUAAUUGCAAACGCUCUCUUUAAUUAGAUGAAGCAUUGUUUAACAGAGAGAAUAAUACCGCCGUAUGGUUAAGAAGCAUUCAUAUUACCCUUGAUAGAAUUUGGAAGUUGUCUCAGACAACAGUUUUAACUAAUUUAACGUAAGUUUUUAAUUUCUCUCACAGCCGCACGCAAGAGUCUAAUUGCUCGCUUUUAUCAUAGCAUCUGACUGUAGGCUGACUGACUUCUUUUGUGUUAAAACCAGUUAUCUCUACAAGGACAAGAUUAGGAAAGGCCUGUGACAAAUGUGCAUUUUAAUCCAUACAUGUAAGGUUAGUAUCUGCAAAGUUUCAACACGAGUGAAUUCGUUCCCAGUAAAUAACUGUAUUUCUCACUGAUUAAUCAGUUAGACAACAAUUGCUUGAUGUCAAAGAUUACACAAACAAAAAAUUUCAGUGUCGAAAAUGAGAUUUUACAAGUUUCCUGUGUUGUUGUUUUGAUAAAACCGUUAGGAAACCGCGUUGAAGAUAAAUAUAAGCUGGAAAUCAUUUCGUUCUUCUAGCGCAUAUAUCAAUUAUGUCCCUUUUUAUUCAUUUUAUCGUCUCGUAUGUGUAAGAACGAAGCAAUGACCUUUCUAGUUGGGUAUAGUUAACAUUUUUUCCCCAUAAAAUGCGAAAGACGAAAAGCAAAAGCUUGCAACUUCAGAUAAAUUGAGUGUGUGGCUUUUUAUCGCCUUCAACAAUAAAAAGCUUGUGUAACUUACACCUAAAUUUUGAAAUCACUGACUGAGCGCCGAGCAAAAGCAGAGUGAUCGAUUUGGACAGUUUUUCCGAAAAAAAGGCCAUAAUAUUCGCCAUACCGUUUUUAAUAAGUGACUGGCAAAGAUUGAGCAUGGUUAAGGAUGACUGACGUUAUCUUCAACAGAAUUGCCAUUCGUUAGUCCAUUUUACAACUUUUCUCCAUAAUGAAAAAGUACUUUUUAAUCUUCAGGAGACAUUCAUAUCUGCACCGAAUGACAUUUGUCUCAACUGAAGCCAAAGAAGGUGACUACAGAGACAUAACUCUUCUUGUGUCACGACCAUUGCCGGCGGGACAAGCAAAACCGAUACGCUCGACUGACAUAAUUAAUGGCGAAUUCAACUGAAGAUGAAAGCCCUACAUUUGUAAACCAAGAAUUUUCGUGCGUUUCAGGUGUUACAUUAGCUCAUAGAAUAAUUUUGCUAAUGUUUGGUAUUCCUCUGUCCAUCAGUGCAGUUGUCGGAAAUGUUCUGAUCAUCGUUGUCCUUCACAAAGUGUCUUCUCUUCACCCGCCGUCAAAACUUUUGCUCGCCUGCCUUGCAUUCACAGAUUUGAACGUCGGUCUUAUUGCGCAUCCUCUUUUUUGUGGUCUCUUAUUUCCUCCAAAGCGCCCGAGUAGUUGUUCCAGGUUUUUGAUCGUUCUUAAUACGAGUAUUUUGUUUAGCGCUGUAUCUUUGUCAACGAUGACUGCAAUAAGUGUCGACAGACUUCUCGCUCUGUUGCUAGGGCUAAGAUACAGGCAAGUUGUAACUGUGAGGCGAGUAAAAAUUUCCAUCGUUGCUCUUUGGAUUUUGUGUUCCUUUGUCGUAAUGAUGGUGAUUUACGGCAAUCGACGCAUGGCUUCUGGUAUUUUCUCUGCAGGAUUUGUAAUGUGUAUAGUAAUCUCCACUUUCUGUUACACCAAAAUUUAUCGCACACUUCGUCUUUCUCAAGUACAAGUCCAAGACCAAAGUCACCAAGGACAACAGAAUGAAGAAGGAACUCCACUGAACAAAGAGCGAUACAAAAAGACAGUGUCCACAGCACUGUGGGUUCAAAUAACAUUACUGGCUUGUUAUGUUCCUUUUGGAUUAGUCUCAGUCUUUGUAAAUACCACAUUACGCACGCCGUCGAUUUUCUUCGCCUGGCUUCUUAGUAUAACGCUUUUGUACUUUAACUCGACUCUAAAUCCAUUACUAUACUGCUGGAAAAUGAGAGAACUAAGACAAGAAAUGAAGAACGUUAUCAGAAAAAUCUGGUGCAUAUCUGACUUAAGCGUUAGAGUACAUAACACAAAUGAGCCUCACACUUGAAUAGCAGUCGAACAAAUCUAGACAAAGUACCAACUCGAUCGCGCCUCCUAAAUCAGAUAUUUGUUAGGCGUUAUUACCAGAAGUCUCUAAUAUAGGUUAAACUGUCCAUGUUCUGAUUAACAAGCAGCGAUGGUUAUUGAAAUCGAAAGCAGAUUUAAGAUAUGAUUAAUAUGUAGUCAUUGUAAUGGCAGCCUAAACAAGUUGGACCGUGACCAUUCACAAAAGCAGAGUUAAGCUUGUUAAGCUAACAUUUAUAAUGAAAAUACCCACAAAUCUAUUUACAUAAUAUGUAUGCAAACAGCAACACAUUAGUUAAACCAGCUACAUGUUUAUACUUACAAGAACUGUUUAGGCUUCCUGUUCUUAGACGUACUCUGAUGACAAAUAACGUGGCUACCCGGCCAAACCAUACAAAAAUCUUUUUUGGAGUACAAGUGUACACUUUUGGAGAUAAUUAAAUAAUUAGAGAAGAACACUAUCGUAUUUUUGUCUCAUCUGCGUCGUAUUCUCAUAUAGAUGUAUGUUGCACACACAAAGGAAAAAAUGUUACCCGCGCGUAUCCUUUAAUCGUUUUCACUUGGUAAUGGAGAUAAUUUUACAAAUUACCGGCGCGUCUCUUAAAUGUGACCCAUACCACAAGAGAGAAGUUUAAAAAAAUUGCUAAACUUGUGAUCGUAGAGUCGUUCCCGAUGGUCUUCACAAUGCGUUAAGUCGGCAAGUGGGGCAUGAUAACACGGAGGGUGAUUGGAACGAGAAAGCGCCAGUCAGGCGUCAACAUCUUUACUCCUUCCAUACCCUCUAUGUCCCCGUACCACGCGCGAAAUGAAUGUUAGAAAUAUAGCGUUUGAUACUAUAAUAUAGUUUCAUUAACAUGUUUCAAUCAAUUUUCCUCCGUUUUAAGCUGUGGUUAGAUUAUUGCUAAAGGUGCAAAACGCCUUCGAAACACUCUUAAUAAUUGAUCAAAAAACCUCAAUAUGGCAAUAAACAAAUGAAACUUUACUGUAGGUAACAUUCAAAUUACCCAUGAUUCCACUUUCAAGUUUUCACAAAGAACUGAAUCGUCCAAUCAAGGGCAUCUAACCUAAUUAGUCACAUUUGUGACAUACGCAAUAGGUGGAGGCGAGCACGGUUUAAUCUUACAGCGUAUUCUAAUAAAACUGAAGCGGCUACAGCACCAGCAUGGAGUUUAAGUCAUUCUUAUAUCAGAUACGUAGUUCCAGUGUCAAAAACGAUAGCUUGAUUAUACAGAUUACUCAAGAGAACUUUUCAUCAAUUUAAACUAGAGACUAAAAAGGUUUUCUUUUUUGGUUGUGUGUGUGGCACUACUUACGAAAAGAAUAAUUGACGACGUCAAAACACCUGGCGAUGUUUUAAGAAUUUCAAAACAGCAACUUACAUUUGGUCCGGGGUGCUGAGUAACAUUCAAAUUACCUUUGAUCAAAUUAGCAAUCAAAAGCAAAUUUUCAAUUAAAAGCAUCCAUUUUCAACACACACAUAAUAGUCAGCUGGGAGAACCGACUGUUUCAUCCCUUUGUGUGAAUGAGCACUCCAAUAACCAACAAACAGUAGAGACAAAGAUCAAAGAAAAGCAAACUGCUUAAUCUUCCUAUUUAUCCGCGUUACAAGACCAGCGUAGAAUUCGAAAUACUCCAAUAUCAGGUAAGUAGUUCCUUAUUCAGUCAAAAGUGAUCAUUGAUUAACUAGAUUACCCAGCUUCUCAUUCAAUGUAAGUAUAAAACUACGUAGGUUUUUCAUUCCUUUUUCUUUUUCCUUUAGCGGCUCAGAUAAGUUCGCGAAGAAACAUUUUGACGAAGAAUUAGCUGGCGAUGUUUUCCCUAGGGUGUGCUUGAAUUUGUUCAGAUUUGAAAUCACUUUAUCAAAUCUUUAACGAGAAGGUCUAAUAUGUUUUCGGUCUAUAAGCUUUCUUCGUUUCAUUUAAUAUGGAAAUUUGAAAAUGAAAGUCCUGUACCUCUAAAACAAUUCAGAAUAAACACGCUGGUCACUUUCGAGUAGGUUACCUUUUAUAUAGGUUUAGAAAAGUAUCGGAAAACACUUUUUCUUCCUUUUUGCCGCCUAAAAGCUGAUUGGUUCUUCUUGAGCUCGUUCCUUUCUCAUUUUAGGCUUUCUCUUGGGGGGGAAGAAAUUGCAACUUAUUUGUAUUAAAAAACAGAAUAAAAUUAUGUAUGUAGACAUGAAAAAAACAUUUUAAGACUAGCAAAAGGACCAACAGCGGGUUGCAUUUGGAAGCAAGAAAGUUCAAUUGACAUGGUAAUCUAUCGCUUGAAAAUGUUUUUCUUUCGAUAAGGGUUUACCAAUCCACAACGCGCACUACGAAUUUAAGAGCAUGAUCCAGCCAUGCGGGCUUUUAUCAAGCCGACUAGGAAGGACAAAGUUGUGUGGAAUUAGCAUCAGUAAGCCAUAGAGCAAGAUACAUAUUUAUGCAUCACUGAUAGAAUACCACGGAGAGCAAUCAUGAUCUAAUUAGAUCACUGGAUGGCCAAAAAAGAAAAUAGAAAUAAAUACAGAAUCUGCGCUUUGGUUAAUUACUAUUUUUUACUCCAUUUGAACCUAUAUUCUUUUUAAAAAAACAUUACUUUUUAAUCAUUAGGGGGGAAAUUUGAACCAAAGAAGCGAUAUAUCAGUUGACUGCUAAGACCUAAACCCGUCUCAUGUGAAGACAACGUGGACAACGAGCUGAAGCGACACGCUUGCAAUUAACUGAAAUAAUGGCGAGUUCAAGGGAAGAUGGAAACCAUACAGUUGCAAACCAGGAAUAUUCUUGCAGUAUGGGUCUUGAGGAGACUCAUAAGAUGAUAAUCUCAAUUUUGGGCAUUCCUCUUUUCAUCAGUGCAGUUUUAGGAAAUAUUCUGAUCAUUGUUGCUCUUCGAAAGGUUUCUUCCCUUCAUCCGCUAUCGAAACUUCUGCUCAGUUGCCUUUCGUUUACGGAUUUGGUAAUGAACCUCAUCUGCCAUCCUCUUUUUGCUGCUAUUUCUUUCUCCCCAGAGAAAUCGGUUGUUUGUUACACCCUUUGGAUCCUUUAUACUAUCGCAGCUUUUGCGUUUAGGGGUGCCUCUUUGUCGACAACGACUGCAAUUAGUGUGGACAGACUUCUCGCUCUAUUACUUGGGCUGAGAUACAGGCAGGUGCUAACUGUGAGGCGAGUAAAAUUCCUUACUUUUUUUCUCUGGCUUAUAAGCGCUUCUGCAGCAAUAGUAACAUUCUAUGGUUCACGUCUUGCUUCACGCAUGGCCUUUGCAGCAGGACUGGUUUAUGUUGCGCAAUAA